UCUGUUCCCUUUAGAUUCGCACUUCCUCAGUUCGGCCUGCGGUCAGCCAGCCAGCUGACGUCAGCAUGAAGGAGGCUCAGCUUGGCGCCUCCCCGGCGGCGCAGGCAGCUUCCGGGAUGGGGGUCCUUGCGCUGCGGUGGCUGUUGCUGGCUGUGAUGUGGGGCCUUUUCCUGGCGUGGAACUUCUUCUGGUGGGCGGACUCGACCGUCUGGUUCGGCGCAAACUUGGUGGGGAAGCAGUGGAAGACGGCUCUCAAUUCUGGGCACUUCAAUGGUUACGAUGUGUACUACAUUCUGUACUUCGUCCCCAUCGUUCUCAUUGCCAUCCUUGCACCACUGUAUCUGAGCCUGCCCAAUCCUCCUCGGACGAGCAAGGACGCUCUCAGGGAGGCCAAGCCCCCGAGCAUCGCGUAUCGCAUCUGGUCCUUCCCCGUGUAUAAGGACAUCCGCGUAUGGGAGCUGUUCUGGUGGACGUACGUUGCGGCGUUCCUGAUCUGGCAGUUCGUGGUCCCGUACUGCAAGAGGCUCGAGCAGAUCCACAGGGUGCCCACCGUCAAACCGAAGAAGCCGCCACCGCCCGCGUGGCAGACGGAGUGGUCCAAGAUGUCGGAGCUGUUUGGCUGGACCGCCUUCAUGCUGGUCAACUUUUUGUUCUUCCCCGUCGCGCGCGACUCGCCGCUGCUGCGCCUCAUCAAGAUGCCCUUCGAGCGCGCGGUGCGGUACCACCGCUGGUUCGCCUUCUGGAUGCUCGUGGCCACGCUCGCGCACACCGUCGGCUACAUGUCGUACUGGUACAAGAUGGGGAUCUUCAAUCAGAAGUCGCGGGACUGGCGCGGCUACGACGUCGCGAACCUGCCCGGCUACUUCGCGACCGCCGUCGGCCUCCUCAUCGGGGUGACGUCACUGGGCUACGUCAGGCGCCGCUGGUUCGAGGUCUUCUUCAACGUGCACCAACUGUACAUCGUGUUCCUUCUCAUGGUCUUCUGGCACGUGGGCGAAAAGCACGGGCUGGUGUUCACUCUUCCGGGCGUCUUCCUGUUCUUCUUCGACCGGAUGCAGAGGGUGUUCCAGUCGUGGAGCUACGCCCGGGUGCUGGCCACCAAGACCAUGCCCGACGGGAGCAUCCAGGUCGAGGUCGCCAAACACCCGCGCCACACCUUCCACACGCUCCAGUUCAUCUUCGUCGAGGUGGCCAAGCACCCCCGCCACGCGUUCCAUCCUCUCCAGUUCAUCUUUGUGAACCUCCCGGGCGUCUCCCGGUUCCAGUGGCACCCGUUCAGUCUCUUCUCCGGCCCGCGCGACAGCGCGCGCUCUUUCGUCUUCCACAUCAAACCCCAAAACCUCGGGCGCUCUUGGACGGACCGCGUGGCGGCGAAGGUCGGCCACGUGGCGCCCGGGGGCGCGUCCAAGUGCCCGCUCGCGAAGCUGAUCAAGACGGACGGCUUCUACGGAGAAGAGAGUGACUCGUUCAAGAGGUAUCCGACCCUUCUCAUGAUCUCCGGCGGGUCUGGCAUUGUUCCGCUCCACGCUGUCCUGCGCGACAUUCUGCACUCUCACCACAGCGGAACGGAAGUCGGCCUUCCCUCGAAGAUCUAUCUCUACUGGGCGGUUCGCGACUACAGCCAGCUGGCACCUCUGGCGGAGCUGAGUCCCGCGCUGCUAUGCCCCGAGUUUGCCUCCAAGGUCGAAAUCAUCGUCCACGCUUACGUCACCCGGGGGAAGAAGACUGACGUCAGCGCCAUGGGACAGCCGCGCAUUGACAUCAUGGAGGGCGCCGUGGAGCACGACAGCGUCCAGCCGAUGCUCCCGCAGAUCACGGGCUGGCGCCUCUCUCUAGUUCUCCUGACUACAUUCGUGGGCACAACCGUUCUCAUCGGCGCCUUCUACCACCUCUUCGUCUACUCGAAAAAGCCCCACGCCAACAAGACCGGCAUGAAGUGGUGGAUCAGGGCGACCAUCAUCCUCUGCGCCGAGAUACUAGGGGUCGCCUUUUUCGGCGGCCUCUCCAUGCUGGCCAUCUAUCUGCUGGACCGCCGGUUCGCGGCGGCAGCUAAGGCUGAGGACCGUAAGGUUGAGGACGAGACCAAGGAGGGCUUCGAGAAGUCCGCCGGAACCAGCUCCAUCCUGGCGGAAUCCGCUGACGGCGAGGACAACCUCCUGCAGACUGCUGACGUCAACUUCGGACAGCGUCCGGUGGUCGCAGAUAUCUUGUUCAAAGUGGCGCAGCAGAACCCCGGCCAGAGAAUCGGUGUCCUGGCCAGUGGCCCGGGGAACCUCGUCGAAAGCGUCAUUGCAAAGUGCCGGGCGCACAAUCCCAUCUUCGCCCAGAACGAGGCCUUCUUCGAUCUGCACACCAUCAGCUAUGAGUUGUGAGGGGCAAACAAGUUGUUCGUACCGAAGCGGUUCUACUUAAAUGCGGGGCGCCAGGAACCGGUUGGGUUCGCAAGAUUGAAGCAGAAAAGCUUCGGUCGCUGUUUGGCGUCCUCUGGAGUGCAUUCUAGCUCUGGUAGUUUUCGCAUCUUGGGAGGGUGGCAGAUUUACGGUCUGGCACUUGCACGAUCACGACGUUAGUCCAUUUCGGUGCCGACUAUACUCUGCAUAUUGAGCCUCCGAACUGAUUCAUAUUUCGUCGAACAAGUGAACUAGAGCCGCUGUGAAGUUGCAGUGAGCGGGAGCAAGUUUCGCUCAAAGUUGGUCGACGCUUCAUUCUGGUAGUAGUCACUUCUGACAUCGUAGUGAUGGAAGAAUCGAAGAACGCAAUUCACAUUCGGGAAACAGUUCACGUUUGCACCAUUGUGCAACAGACCCAGUGCAGUAAUAAACUGCGAAGAAUGGUUAAUAAGAUGAUAAUAUCCAGCUGCACUAAAGAUACACUACUGGGACGCUAUGUAAGAAAACACUAUUCUCAUUCAUUUGCCAAGACUCGCACAUUUGAGCGAAAUCGCUUUGCCAAGUUGGUCACUACUUCGUCUGAAGCUUAAGCUUGUUAACACGGGCUAUGAUCCGGCACCGGAUCGGGCUUAAUCAUUGCAAGACUGCCUAAUUUCAAUCAUUAUCCCAGUACAUAAAAGAAGGAAACCCAAAGCCUCUACAUCUGGUCUCAAAGACAC